AUGGCAUCUGUGAUCACCAAUUACAUCGACGAGCUGUCGUCGACGCAGCUGUACACCGCGGUUGUGGGCGCAACUGUCACCUUAUGCAUUGUCUUGUUAGGCCCGGCGGCUGGCGGGAAUGAAAAUUUGCCGAGCAGCAUGCUGGGAAUGAGCACCGCCGCGGUCGCUGCCAGUCAAAAGGAUGCUCUGAAACAACAGCCGAAAUGGUACUUGUUCAAAUACAUCAACGUGGGUGUAUUCUGUAUGUUUGUUUCCAGCGUGGCCGUCUUUCUAUGGGAUGCGUCCACCUACAUCAACAAUGGUGAUCGCAUGACGCAAUUCCUAGUGGGUUGGUCUCUCUUUUUGUGCUACUUUUUUGGUUUCUUUGGGGUCUUUUUCAUACAUCAGGAUCUGCUGAUGAAUCCUCAUUCGGAUGCUGCUGAUUCUGAUUCUGAUAAGAAGGAAAACAACAACAACAACAACAAGACUACAGAUGUUGCCGUACCAAAGAAAGUCAAAUCUGUUUCACCGCACAAGCCCAAAGUGGUCCAUGAACCAGCUGCCUGUGCACCUGUAUGUAGUGAUCCAACAUCUUUGAAGUCGCCAGCAUCAAAGACUUCUGCCAUUUCAAAAGAUACCGACAUUACGGGAAUGUCGAAUGACGAAAUUGCUCAACUUGUCAUGAAGCAACAAGUCAAGGAUCACGAAUUGGAAAAGAGACUGGACCCUUUCCGGGCGGUCACGGUUCGACGAUUGAUUGCCCAACUCAAACUCCAAUCGGUCCAUUCAUCAUCUGAUACCUUUCUGGAAAACUUGCCCGAAGGUCCUUCCCUCGAUUAUUCCAAAGUCCAUGGAACCAACUGUGAAAUGGUGGUGGGAUAUGUCCCAUUGCCCGUCGGUAUGGUCGGUCCGCUCACUUUGAAUGGCGAAUCUGUUUACUUUCCCAUGGCCACGACGGAGGGUUGUCUCGUCGCCUCGACGCAACGUGGCGCCAAGGCCAUUUCGCAGGGUACACUUGGUGCUCAAGCUAUGAUUGUCAAGGAUGGGAUUACCCGAGCCCCCUGUGUUCGCAUGGCCACGGCAAUGGAAGCGGCCCAACUCAAAUUGUGGUGCCAAGAACCUGCCAAUUUGGAGACUCUCAAGCAAGCCUUUGAAUCGACCACCUCGUUUGGCAAACUAUUGGAGUGCCAUGCCACUGUGGCUGGAAAGAAUGUUUAUUUGAGAUUGGUUUGCUUCUCGGGUGAUGCCAUGGGGAUGAACAUGGUCAGUAAGGGUUCUCUCAAGGUGAUUGAAACCCUCCAAGACAUCUUUCCCAAUUUGGAAUUGGUGGCCUUGUCGGGCAACAUGUGCACGGACAAAAAGGCAGCUGCAACCAAUUGGUUGCACGGUCGUGGUAAGAGUGUAGUGGUCGAAGCAGUCAUUCCCAAGGAUGUCGUCACGAAGACUUUGAAGACUACUGUUCCAGCCUUGGUCUCGACGAACCAAAACAAGAACUUGAUUGGUUCUGCCAUGGCGGGUGCCAUGGGAGGAUUCAAUGCUCAUGCCAGUAAUAUUGUGACUGCCAUUUUCCUGGCUACCGGACAAGACCCUGCCCAGAACGUGGAAUCGGCCAAUUGUAUUACUCUAAUGGAACAAGUUGAAGAAACUGGUGAUUUGUGGAUUUCGUGUACCAUGCCCAGCAUUGAAGUCGGAACCGUUGGUGGCGGAACGACCCUUCCAGCGCAAGCAGCCUGUUUGGAAAUGAUCGGUUGCAAGGGUGGAUCCCGAGAGGCACCGGGCAAGAAUGCCCAACGACUAGCACUCGUGGUGGCGGCUGCCACCAUGGCGGGGGAAUUAUCGCUCAUGUCGGCCUUGGCGGCCAACACUUUGGUGCAAGCGCAUAUGAAGCACAACCGAAAAAAGGCAGUUUAG